AUGGGUUUCCUGUCCAAGAUAUACGAGCGCAGGGGUGCCGCGAAGCUGAGACAGGCCCGAGUCGAGCAGUUCGCCGCGUCCAAAGCCGCCGGGACGUCCUCACCGGCGGGCACCACGCCCGCGCAGAGGGCACCCGGCGGAUCGGGGGGCGCGAUCGGGUCCCCCGAGUGGGCAUCCACCGGCGCGUUCAGCUCGCGCGGUAAGACGCUCGGCGGAUCGGGCGGAUCCGCGGCUAAGCCCGGUCCGGAUCCGUACGAAUUCGACCUCGAAGACGAGCCUGUAGCCGCGGCGAACGCGGGCGUGGUCCCGUCCCCAGCUCUGGCGCAGCGACUCUUCGAGUUGCAGCGGCGAGAGUCGUCCUCGCCGGGCGGCGGCGGCUUGCCCCUUCCCCCCGACCGGCUCGACCCAACGCGCGGGUCCGGGUCCCCCGGCGACGCCGACGGAACGAACGACGACCGCGCCGACGAGACCACGGCGCCGAAGGUUUCGAGAAGGGACGAGAAGAAGCGGGUUCCGUCCAGGCCCGCGCCCGGCAAGCGCCGGCGCGUCACCUUCGCCGAGGUGGACGCGUACGACUUACCGGAGGAUGAGAGCGACGGGGACGGGGACGGGGACGGGGAGGAGGACAGCGAUAACGAAUCGGUGGAGAUUCCAUACUCGGACGAGGAGGACGAGGUCGUCGUCGGCGUCGGCGGCGGCGGGGAUGUCGCGUCGUCGCCACCGAGGGCGAUGAUCCCGCCGGACGCUCCCCUCGCGACCACGCCGCCGCCGCCUGAACGCGGCCCGGGCGGGGAAGACGCGGGCCGAACGAAGGCCGGGGAAGACGACGGCGGCGAGCCCGGCGGCGGAACACCGGUCUGGGCCAAGCGAUCGCUUCGCAUGACCACCGCGGAUACCCCGUCGCCGGGCGCCAAGGGACCCGCGGGGAUCCUCAAGUCCGGGCCGGGCACGGUCGGGCACGGCACUCGGGGAGAUGUCCCGACGGAGAUGUCCCUCUCCCCGGCGUCGUCUCCCAUCGUCGUUCCCAGCGGCACAUCUCGCGACGUUCGCAUGAAUCCGCGGGAUCCCCACACGGAAUACGCGGCACCUUCAAACGGCGUGAACCUUCCGGAGAGCGGCGACGACCUCGCGGAUCUCGACGAGGCGCAAUACGCGCUGAGCGGGCUGACGCGCAACGCCCCGGCUGUCGGUAAGUUGACCUCCGCGUCCACCCUGGUGAGACUCGCGUCGGACCCGCGGUCGCGGCGCGUGCUCAGCGCGCAGGGACUGGCGCCGAGGCUCACGCUGGCGGCGCUGCAGCUCGGUCGCGAGGCGCGGGCGACGCACCGCCGCGGCGCCAUCGACCGGGCGGCCGGCGCGGUGCCCAGCAGGCUCGCCAAGCUCGCCUCCGCGUCGUUGCUGUACCUGGCCAACCUCGACGUGCGAGCGUGCGACGCCGCCGCCGCCUUCGCGAGCGACGACGCCGCGCUGGUCCUGGCGACCGUGCUGGAGGUGACGCCGGAGGAGGAGGCGGAGGAACGCGUCAAGGCUGAGGAGGCGUCGAGGCGCGAGAGAACAAACGGCGGAACAAACGGGGAGGCGACGCGGCGCGACGACGCGAAGCACGCGUUGUCGCGAGGCGGGUUCGCGGCGUUGCUCACGCGCGGCUCCGACGACCGGUGCGAGCGGGACAUCUCUCGGGCGCUGACCAGGGGUUUGAAGUUUCUGCCCCACGAGAAGGUGGACGCGUGCACGCUCGGCUUACUCGCCACGCACCGGCAGCUCGUCGUCGCCGAGAAGCUCGCGGCGGAGGCUGCCGCGAGGGCCACGGUUCGGCAGCACCGGAGGGACCAUCGACAGGACAAAACGACGACGCGCGCGAUGCAUCCCGAGGACGAGGACGACGCGGACGUGGACGCCAGCCAGAGGGAGGAGGAUGAGGAGGAGGAGGCCAUGCAAGACGAGGACGACGAGAAAACCGUUCGGGGCUGGGGUACCCUCAAGGAGAGGCUGGCGGCGAGCGGCGCGAUGCUGAACGUCGCGCGGCUCGCGGACGACGCCGCGAGGGAGAUUCACCGGUUGGGCGCGGCGGUGUUCUCUCGGGGCCCGGACGAGGCGGCGGACGAGGACGACGAGUCGAUCGAGGCGGAUGGCGGAGUCGACGUCGAGUCGGAGGAGGAGGACUCGAAGCGAGCCGCGGCGGCGUCGAGGGCGUUUGCGCGACUUUUCCGAUGCUUGCGCGUGAUCGAGUCCGCGACGUUCGGGUCGUCGUCGUGCGCCGAGGCUGUGCUGGACGGGGACCUGUCCCCGGCGCCCCCGUCGGUGCCGGGGUCGGUGGCGCUGGUUCCGAUGAGGAAAAACCCCGGCAUGCUGUCGCCCGCGCCAAAGUCGGCGAGGAAAUCGCGAGGAAACGAGGACGCCGACAUCGCGGACGUGGUGGGCGACGUGCGCGUCGGCGGCAUCGACAUGUCCCCGCCCGCGUCGCCCAGGCCGGACGAUGGGGGAGAUAAGCGCAAGCGCGCGCCGAACGACCCCGCGGCGGACGACGAGGACGAGGAGGCUCUGCUGAAAAAGUUCAAGACGGCGGAGGCGCUCUUGCUCACCCCGUCCCCAGGCGCCAAGCGCGUUCGCGGCGGAUCCGCGAUGGAAACGCAGCCGCGGGGAUCCGCCGUCGAGGCCCCCAUCGACGCCGACGACGACGCGAUGGGCUCGCCGGAUCCCGUGCGGAAAACCUCCGGAACCUGCGGAAAACCGGAGCAGGCGCAGACGCCCACGUUUAACUUUCGCGCAGUCGCCGCGGCUGUGGAAUCGUCCAUCGCGUGGCUGGACGACGGCUCCUCCGACGUGAUCGCCGCCGACGGCCGCGGCGUGGGCGACAAACUGCGGUGGACCGUCAUGCACUCGCUCCUCGCCGCGCUUCCCACCAUCGCGGUCGCGGCGGCGAGCGCGUGCCACGCCACCGAAGCCGGCGCGUCCAUCUGCGGCGUCACGGUGCGACGGCGGGGCGGCCUCGGCGUCGACCCCCGGCUGGCGUCCGGCACGCUGCGACACGCGCUGCACGUGCUCACCAACCUGACGAACGAGAACCCGCGGGGGUGCGCGGUUCUCAGGACCGCGCCGGGUGCCCUGGAGACGGCCGCGGCGCUGGUUCCGUGGUGCGCCGCGCUCGAGGGUCUCAUUCCAAACGCCGGCCCGAGCGAAUCCGCUCGCGUCGCCGCGGCGGCUCGGUCGGGCGCCACCGCCGCCGCCGGGAAAAAAACGCUCGGGAAAACGGCUCUCUCCGCCCGGGGGGAGGACGCCGCGAACGCGAACGCCGCGAGCGUCGACAUGCUCAACGCGGCGAUGUGCGUGCUGGUCAACGCGAGCGAGGUUGACCCGGAGGUUUGCGGCGCGCUUCGAGUGCUCGAAGCUGACGCGGGCGCUCUGGAGGAGCGAAGGGUUUUGAGGAACGUCAGGCUCAAGGGCGGGACGUUCGGCGGCCGAAAGGCACGAGACGACGGGCAGCCGGUUCGUCCCCUCGGUUUGGUCGAGUUGCUCGCGGGGAUCUUCGUUCGGAGCGGCGGCGCCGGGCCGGUGACGGAUACACCCGCGGGGACGGUCAAAGCCGGCGACACGGCUGGCGACAUAAUGAACAAAGUCGACGGGGCCAACCAACAGAGGGUCAAAUCCUCCGAGGAGCACGCGGUGGACGGGGAGGUGACCGCGGAUAUGCUCGCGACGGAGACGGACGACGAACGCGAGGGCGACGGUCUGAUCACCCAGGCGUACUCGGCUCUGCUCACCGCGUUUUUGGUGGAGGGUCAGCCCGCGCUCAGGGCGGAUGUCGUGUACGUGUUGCCCGAGGGCGGACUGAACGCGUUGGCGUCGGUGCUCGAGAGGUUCAAGACGUUCCACGAGAACCUGGAGUCCAUCAGCGAGGCGUCGCACGCUUCGUUGACACGCAUCAUCCGCUGGCUCAAGGGCGGGAGCUGA